UUACUCCUGAGGGUAAUGUACUCUCAGGCCUACAGAAAUCUGAAGCUAGAAUGUAGGGUUCUUGAAUGACUCCAGAUUGAAAGAUCUGGAUUCAUCUGAUUGGUUGAUUCAAUGCUCAUGUGAAUCAAUGCUCAAUUGAUUCACAAUUGAGCAUUUUGUGUAUUAUCUUAGGAACAAGCAUGUUUAUACCUGUACAGGAGCCUUCAUGGGGAUCAGAUCUGAGCAGUGUGGAGCUGCUAAGGACGGGUGGAUUCCUUCCUCAAACUAGUGGUGAAGAGUCAUAAAGUCACUUCGAAAAUAAUAACAUUUUUAAGGCAAGCAGCGUUGAACUUUGUACUGGGAGCAUGGUGGGCUUCUAGCAAGUGGUCAAAAUGCCUGGUAAGAAAGAUACUAAAAAGGACACCAAGAAAGGUGGAAAACCUGAACCAGAGAAAAAGAAAGAGGAUGAGAAGAAGGCAAAAGAUGACAAAAAGGGAGCAAAAGAUGACAAAAAAGGGGGAAAGGAUGACAAGAAGAGUGGAAAAGAUGAUAAGAAAGGAGGAAAGAAGGGAAAAGAGGAGCCAUCCAAAGUCAAAGAUGAGGGGAAAAAAGGAAAAGACAAAGGGAAAGGUAAAAAAGUAGAGUCUGAGGAGGAAGAGGAGGAGCUACUCAGUGAUGAAGAGGAGGAAGAGUUCAGUGAAGAAGAAGAUUGGGAUGAUUCAGAGGACGACAAAAAGAGAAAAGGGCGAGGGGGUAAAGACAAGAAGGGUGGGAAGUCUAGGCGUGGUGACGACUCUGAAGAGGAUGAUGAAGACUAUGAUGAUGCAGAUGAGGACGAUGACGAGGAAGUGGCUCAUGGUAAAUCUAAAAAAAAAUCUAAGGAUGAUCGUCACCAUAAAGGAGGAAAAUCAGAUGCAGAUGUGAAGAAGAAAAAGGGAAAGAAGAAGGAGGAACCACUGGUUCCUGUUAAAGACGUCCCAAAGAAAGGUUUGAAGAACAUGUCACAAAUGUUCAUGAAGUUUUCUGGCAUCGGCAUCAAAAGACGCAAGAACAGUGUAAAGAAACUGAAAAGCACAUCACGUUUAUUCCUUGGCUUGGGAAGGAGGAAGAGCCGGCUUGCUAAGAAAAAACGGCGAAAGUCUAUCAUGAAAAACACCUCACGGUUUAUGAUGAAAUUUAAAAGUAGCCAAAAAAAGAAAAAGGAGGCCAAAGAAAAGGCAGCAGCCAAUGGAGGAAAAAAGCCAACUUACAUGCUACUUCGUCUUGGGGGAGGAAAUUCAGACAAAAGGAAAGGGGGAUUCUUUAGAGGUCUCUUUAAAAAGCAGGAUGGCACAAGUGAUGACUUCAAGAACAGUAGUGUCUUACUAGGUAAGAUUGCUGCGGCAACUAAUUGGCUUACCAAACGGUUUCUGUCAAAAAAAAUGCAAGAAAAUUCCAGGCAUCAUGGCUUAGAUGGCCAUAGACGAAAAACGCGACAAUCCAGCUCCAGACGGUUUCUGGAUGGUUACCAAAACAACGGUUAUACGUAUGGUGAGGAAGAUGACGGAUAUGACCAGCACUAUGUAGUUGACCAGAGAGGUUACGGGUAUGAAAAUGGCUAUGAUGAUUAUGGAGUUGAGUCAGCACCAGGCUAUGGAAGACAUGGUCAGUAUGGAUACUACGAAAAUGAGAUGGAAGGGGCAGACUAUCAAGACCUGGGUUACUAUGAGGAAGACAGACUCUAUGAUACAAAUUUUGAAUACUAUGAUGAUGGAUUUAAUGAUAACAAUAACCUUUACCCUUCUCCCCAAGGGUAUUAUGACACUGAGGAAGCUGAUUAUUAUGGGUACCAACAACAACAGGCAAUGUAUGGUGAUGAAGUCCUGGAUUACUAUCCUCAAAUGUAUAUGGGUGGCAUGUAUGGAGGGGAAAUGGGAGAAUUUCUUGAUCCUCAGACUCAGUUUUAUUAUGAUGAAAAUGAUCAAGGAGCUUACUAUGCAGAUAGACAAUUGGGUUACUCUGAUAUUGGGCCUCAAGGUUAUUAUGGGGAUCCUGCUGUAACUAUGGGAAUGCAAGGAGGAUUUCAACCUGAUUUUCAGGUUGGAUAUAGCGAACCUGUAAUAUACCAAGACUUGAGCUCCCAACAGCCUGCAUUCCCACAUGAAGGCCAACAGGUCUUUGAACUUGGAGCACCUGGUAUGGGUAAAGUAGACAGCCUGAGUGGGAAUCAAUAUGUAGGUCAUAUGAAUCAAAUUGGAGAUGAUUUGGGAGGAAUUCAGCAAGGGGACAUAACAUUUAGAGUUCCUAGACCGCAAGUGCGCCUGUUUGGAAAAGAGCGAUUAGACGUUCCUCUGCCUCCUCCACCUACUUUGCCUCCCUAUCCUGAGUUUGAAGACAUGUCCGAUAUCCAGUAUGAAGACCAGAUUCCUCUUACUCCAUAUCAACUCGAAGACAUGUCAUUUCAACAGCAAAUGCCAGUAUCAGAGCCACAACUGCCUAUGUUUCCUUUUCAACAGCAACAACUACUAUCAACACAACAGAUAUUAUCCCCACAGCAGACAAUGAUGUUUCAACAAGAGAAUAUGUUGCCCCAAAUGAUGCCCACACAGAUGUCAUCGCAACAGCAGUUGAUGCCCCAGCAAAUAAUGUUUCCCCAGCAGCAGAUGAUGUCAGAGCAGUUGUUCCAACAACAACCAAUAUCUCCACAACUAAUUUCACCACAGAUGAUGACAGACCCAAUGAUGCCGCAGAGGCAGGGUUACAGCCUCCCAACAGUCCCAUCACCCACAGCCAUGAUCAUUAAACAGGCAACCAUGUCUCCUCUCCCUACACAACACAUGCACUCUUCUCCGACUCCAUCUCGUCGCUCUGUCAUCAUACCCUCUCCACAAAUGCAACACCAUCCUUCUGCCAUGAGUUCGCCAGUCCCCACCCCUAUGGCUGCAAGAAGGCAGAUCCCCUCCCCUCAACCUUCCAUGAGGGGUGGGCUCAUUAAUGCUCAAAGACCUCCAUCUGUUUUGUCUAGACAGAUUUCACAACCUGCUUCUCCUAUGGUGUCCCCAGUUCUUCAUCGUAGAGGGCAGCCUCCGAAGUCACGUUCCCCUUUGGCCAGACCAUCCUCACCUCCCCAUUCUCCCCGUGCCUCUGUAAUUCAUCGUAGUCCUCCACCCUUGGAGAGAGGAUCAGUGAGGCAACAUUCACCCCUUUCAUCACCCCACAUUUCCAGAAGAAUGCGAAGUCCCCAGCCAUCACCCACUUCUGCUCGAAGUCCAUUGGGAGGGAGAAAGAUACAUGAUCCACCCCCCCUUUACCCUGGUCAUGCAUCACCACCUCUCUCUCCUCAGCUAAGUCGAAGGCCUUCGCCCUCUCCUUCUCGCCGAAGUUUUUCUCCUGCAGGGCCUCGGCCAGCUCCAUCCUCCCCUACUCUUUCUCGUCGUUCAACUCGGCUGCUCAGGGACCCCACGCCAUUGGCCAGGCCUAGGGAAUUUGGAAAUGUUCCUUUAGGUACUGUCAGACCCUCACCCAUGGGUCUCAGAGGGCGUCCAGUGCCCCCACCCACACAAAAUGUGCGCCCAUUUCGUGCUUCUUCUUUGAGAAGUAAUAGAUCUUCUGUACUGACCAUAGACUCCUCCCUUCACUCUCCUUUCCAUUCCCCUCUUAUGGUCCACCGAGCUCCCCUGGCGAGAAAAGAAUCUGUCCGUCCUCCUCUUCGCCCCAUUGCUCGAGGGCGUCCCCUUAGGGCCCGGCAGUCGAUAAGAAGCAUGCCUCCCCCUUCCCCUCAACCCUCCCUUAAAUACAUGUCACGCAGUCCAUCUCCACGCCUCUCUCCUCGACUAAAUCGUCAGUCCAUUGUGUCAGAUCCCUAUGCUGAUCCUUAUGCUGAGCCAUCACCACAAUUUGUUUACCCCUCUUCUCCCAUGUUAUCCAGGUCUUUGCAAAACCAAGAUCUUAGAUUACAUUCAUCUUCAACCCUUAGACCACAAAGACCCCAAAUGGUGGGCAUGGGUCAGAUGGCUCCGGAAUUGGUAGAAUUCCAAGGUCCUUCAGUGCAAAGACCGAUGUCUGAUUAUGAGCAGCCUUUGCUCCCUUCACCACAAAUGCUCUCUGGAGCUCUGCAAAACCAAGCAGUGAGAGGAGCAUCCUAUGUUUCUCCACUUCAGAGACCUCAGUCUCCAUAUGCUCCAUCUGUACCGUCGUCUCCAUUGCUUUCUGGAGCCAUGAAACAUAGUCAGGCAAUAAAAGGCAUGACCUCUUACCAAACUCCACAGUUACAAUCACCAUAUGGACCAACUGUUGUUAUGCCAUAUGAUUACAUCUCUGAGCCUGGCCCAACACCAUUACUUCAAGAUGCACUGCAAGACCAAACUGUUUUUUCCCCGCGUCCUUAUACUGAGGUAAGACAAAAACCUGUUGGUCCCUCAUCUCCUAUGUUGUCACGUUCUUUGCAAAACCAGGCUAUUCAACCGGAUGCUUUUUCAGCACUUGGACCAGAAACCGUCCAAAUGGUAGGCAUGGGUUUGAUGGCUCCAGAAUUGCUAGAACGUCAUGAUUCUACAUUGCAGAGACCGACAUCACCUUAUCAGCAGCCUUUGCUCCCUCAUUCUCAAAUGCUCUCUGGAGCUCUCCAAAACCAAGCAGUAAGAGAAGCAUCUUAUGUUUCUCCGCUUCAGAGACCCCAGUCUCCAUAUUCCCCACCUGUACCCUCAUCUCCACUGCUCUCUGGAGCCAUGAGACAUAGUCAGGCAAUGAAAGGCAUGACCUCUUACCAAACUCCACAGUUACAAUCUCCAUAUGGACCAACUGUUGGUAUGCCAUAUGAUUACAUCUCUGAACCUAGCACAGUACCCAUGCUUCAAGAUGCACUGCAAAACCAAACUAGUUUGCAUAAUGUGUCUAAUUUAAAAUCUCCCAUAAUGCAACAACGGAAUCCUUAUGCCCCUGCUGGGCCUCAGCUCCAGAGUGCUCUGCAGCAAAACCCAAAUCUCCGCCAGGCAUCCUUUCAGACACCUGUGCAACUCAGACGGCCAUCAGUUGUAACUCAAUCACCCUCUUCACCAAUGUUGGGAAGAGCUCUACAGAACCCACAGUUGAUGCAGGCAUCAUACCAGCUGCCAGGAAGAACCUUUAUGAGCCCAUAUGCAAAUCCCCAUUCUUCACCUUUGCUUGGCCAUGCAUUGCAAAACCAACAAGUCCGGAGCGCCUCAUAUAUAAUGCCUGAUGGAUCAGUUAUCAGGGACCCUCGUCUACUUCAGAAGCCAAUGUCACCUAACCUCUCUGGAGCUCUUCAAAACCAGCAUCUGAGGAUGGCUUCAUAUACUCUUCCUGAUGGCACCAUUAUAGAUUCUAGACAGAAACAUCCUAUUUCUCCAAACCUGAGUAGGGCUUUGAACAACCCAGCCAUACGUGAAGCUUCCUACUCUCUUCCUGAUGGUACCAUUGUGAUAGACCCCAAAACAGAAAAGACACCCAACCUUACAGCAGCACUUCAGAAUCCUUACUUGAAGAGUGCUUCGUACACCCUCCCAGAUGGCACUAUCAUCAUUGAUCCACGGAAACCUACCUCUCCAAACCUGUCUAAUGCCCUUCAACACUCAUCAUUACGGAAUGCCUCAUUUACUCUACCACAGGGGGUUCGAGAUCCAAAUACUCCAGUGUCACCAAAUUUGGCAAAGGCUCUUUCUAACCAAGCCUUGAAAGCUGCUUCAUACACCCUUCCAGAUGGAACUAUUAUUGUGGAUCCAAGGAAGCCAAGGAGUCCAAACCUGACAGCAGCCCUGCAAAAUCCAUAUCUAAAAGGGGUAUCCUACACUCUGCCUGAUGGAACCAUCAUCAUUGACCCAAGAAAACCAGCUGGCCCUAAUCUUUCCAAAGCUCUUCUGAACCAGGAUCUUCGAAGUGCGACAUACCGGCUCCCCGAUGGUUCUUUAUUUAUGCCUGGCCAGAAACCAUCCUCUCCAAACCUGGCAGCUGCUCUUAGGCAGAAUCAAGGACUUCGCUCUGCUGGUCUCUACCAUCUCUCUGAUACCUCAGUCCUGUCAGGUGCACCCAAACCCGCCAGCCCCAACCUGGCCUCUGCACUGCAGAAUAAAGAGCUGCGUGGUGUCGCUUACAGGCUUCCAGAUGGCUCUCUUCUCACACGCCAGUUCCACAACCCAAAACUGUCCGAUGCCAUCCAAAAUCAGCAGCUUCGUUAUGCUUCGUACACUGUGCCAACAGAGCUUCAGGGGGAGGACCAUCGCUAUGCUGUGAUACCUCCGUAUGGGCCACGAUCUGGCCACUGGGCCAAGAACGCCAGAGGUGGAGGAGAAGGUGGAGAAAAUGUUUGGGCAGCCGAAAGGGUUCUGCCGCAUGGGACGGUUCAGAAUUUGUCCAAGUGGUCUAUGUACAAAGAAGAUGGAAUGUUGGAAGGAUAUUCACCAAGCCCCCAGGUUCCAGAAAAACUGCUUCAGAACCUGGACUGGACUCCUGGCAGAGAUAGACUACCAGGUCAAAGCUGGUAUGACAAGAUUUUUUCUAUAAUAAGCAUGCCCACAACAAACCACAGAGUUGUACGCUGGGCAGAGGGAAUGGAAGACAUGACUCAGCUCCCUGAGCUGAAUGAGACCACUGUUCUAAUGAACCUGAAGAAACGUUUUGACCAUGAACUUACAUAUACCUACAUAGGGAACAUUCUUGUGUCUGUGAAUCCAUACAAGUUGCUCAACAUCUACGGCACAGACAUGGUGCACCAGUAUGAAGGCCACGGUCUGAGUGACAAUCCCCCUCAUCUUUUUGCUAUUGCUAAUCUCUCAUAUACAAGCAUGAUGGAUGCCAAAAAGGACCAAUGUAUUGUGAUCAGUGGAGAAAGUGGGUCAGGAAAGACUGAGGCCACGAAGCUGAUCUUGCGUUACUUGACAGCCAUAAAUUACAAACGCAACGUCACUCAACAGAUUGAGAUCCUUGAAGCUACACCCCUGCUGGAGUCUUUUGGAAAUGCCAAAACAGUACGCAAUGACAACUCCUCACGCUUUGGAAAAUACACACAAAUCUACAUGAAGGAGGGUGUAAUCAGUGGUGCCAUAACGUCUCAGUAUCUGCUGGAGAAGUCCCGCAUUGUCUUUCAGGCCAAAUCAGAGAGGAACUACCAUAUCUUCUAUGAGAUGCUGGCAGGUCUUUCCCCUCAUGAGAAGCGUUCAUUGUAUCUGCAGGAGGCUGAGACGUACUACUAUCUGAAUCAGGGAGGAAACUGUACCAUUGAGUGUAAGGAUGAUGGGGAGGAUUUCAGGCGUUUGCUGAGUGCCAUGGACAUCCUGUGCUUCACCCCAGAAGAGCAAAACGGGAUCUACAGACUUCUGUCCUCGGUGCUUCAUCUGGGGAAUGUCUACUUCCAGUCACAUCAGGUUGAGGGCCAGGAGGCUGCGGCGGUGGUCAGUGCACAGGAGAUCAGAGUGGUAGCCGAGCUGCUGCAGGUUUCACCAGAGAGUCUGCAGAAAGCUGUCACUUAUAAAAUGACUGAUACAGGGAGGGAAAAGAUCUACACUCCAUUGACAGUGGAUAGCGCUUUAGAUGCCAGAGAUGCUGUUGCCAAGAUCCUGUACUCGCUGCUCUUUAGUUGGCUGACAGAGCGUAUCAACGGACGGGUCUACCCUCGCACCGAAGCCCUCUCCAUCUCUGUGCUGGACAUCUACGGAUUUGAGGAUCUACAGGUGAACAGUUUUGAGCAGCUAUGCAUCAACUACGCAAAUGAAACUUUGCAAUUCUACUACAACAGAGUCGUCUUCCAGGAGGAGCAGGAAGAAUACAUGCGGGAGCAGAUUCAGUGGCAGCCGCAGCCCUUCAGCAACAACCAGGCAUGUCUUGACCUCAUUGCUGCAAAGCCUCAUGGGAUCCUGCGCAUAUUGGACGACCAGUGCGGCUUCCCCCAGGCAACAGACCAUACCUUCCUUCAGAAGUGCCACUAUCACCAUGGUAAUGAUCCACUGUAUGCCAGGCCCAAGAUGCCAUUGCCAGAGUUUACCCUGAAACACUAUGCAGGGAAAGUCACCUACCAGGUUCAUAAAUUCCUGGACAAAAACUUUGACUUGGUCCGGCAGGAUGUUUUAGACCUCUUCAUUCAAAGCAGGAACAGAAUGGUAUCCAGCCUUUUCUUGAAGCAUUCUGAGUCUUUGACGCAGCAGCGCUCCAAUUUACGUCGCAACAGUGCAGCCCGACGUCAUCAGACCAACACAGUCAGCGCAAAGUUCCAGAGCAGCCUGCAGGAACUGCUGGAUAAGAUGGAGAGGUGUAACCCUUAUUUUGUGCGAUGCAUCAAGCCGAACCGUCAUAAGAAGCCAGGAAUGUUUGACAUGGAUAUGGUCAACACACAGCUGCUUUACUGUGGCAUUAUGGAGACAAUACGUAUAAGGAAGGAAGGCUUUCCGGCAAGACUGCCCUUUCACAGCUUCCUGUCAAGGUAUAAAGCUCUGCUCUGUCUGAAGGAUCCUCUGCCAGCAGAUGGAGAAAAUUGUGUUAUCAUGCUUCACAAACUCUGUCCGGUCAAGGAAGGCUCUUAUCAGGUGGGGGUCAGCAAGAUUUUCUUGAAAGAGGAGCUUUAUCAGCUGCUGGAAGGGAAGCGUGACCGUGUGUUGGACAUAGCUGCCAUGGUGCUGCAGAGAUACACUCGCAUGUGUUUUGCUCGGCAGAAAUUUCUCAAAUUCAGGCAAGGAAUAACCUGCUUUGAAGCUCGCUGCAGAGGUUACCUGGUCAGAAAAAAAUUUGCUCUGAGGAGGAAAUAUCUCAUCAGGCUACGUUCGGCCGUUUUGCUAAUUGUAAACCGUCAGCGCUACAUGAGGACAGUGGUGGAGCCUGCAAGGAAGGCGGAGGAAGAUCGGAUCAAUCGUGAAGUGGUGAAUGUGACGACAUUACCUAUCCCUGCAGAGCUGGCUGGCCUGCUGCAGGCUGCUUCAGGGGGUGAGGAGCUGCAUUCUGACUGCUUGGCAGUGGUCCAGGCUCCAAAGGUUCAGGUGGAUCCUCAGCUGACCCUGCCCCUCGAUAUCAAUAACUACCUCUUAACACACUACAUCCGGAUCAUGUUCAGGGAGCCUCUGUUUGGAAUGCUCACUGCUCCACUAGAGAACUCCCUGAUUCGUCUGGAUCAGGAGCUUAAGCAGGGAUCUCUCGACAUCUUCAUUCUGAUCCUGCGGUUCAUGGGCGAUCCGAACCUGAAUGGAGCUCAAGAAAACAUGUUUGGGAACUACAUCAUCCAAAGGGGCCUGGCCAACCCCAGCCUCAGAGAUGAGAUCCUGGCUCAGAUAGCCAACCAGGUGUGGAGGAAUCCCAACGUGCUGAACUCAGAGCGAGGCUGGCUUCUUUUCUCCUCCUGUCUGUCUGCCUUCCUGCCCUCUCAAAGACUGGCUAAAUACCUCCUCAAGUUUGUGUCAGACUACGGCCCAGACGGCUACGACUGUGUGUGUCAGAACCGUCUGCUUCAGGCUCUGCAGCGCCUCGGCGUCGGGCCUGAGUACGUCCGGACGUACCCACCCUGCCUGCUGGAGUGGACCGCCAACCGCAAGAAAGCUCACACCGUUCUGCAUGUACACUGCUUCGACGGCAUGUCCUUCUUAUGUCCACUGCAUUCCUGGACGACAGGAGAGGAAAUGGCUAAAAACAUCUUACAACACAGGGGUGCGGUGGACGGCCGCCAAGGCUGGUCGGUGCUGCUGAAGGAGCCGGCUCAGUGGGUCGAACUUGAAGGCUCAGACUAUGUUCUGGACUUGAUGUCAGACCUGGAGCUUCCUGCUGACUUCCCCAAACACAACAGCUACUUCAUCAUCUCUGCUCUGGAGCCGGCCAGAGUUCGGCCCAAUGCCAGCAUAAGCCUGUUGGGGGGUGGCUUUGACAUGAGCAAUGACAUCAGUCCUUCAGAUCGGUUCAACCAAGAUUUUGAGCCUCAGAGAGGGAUGGACCGUUAUCUCGACAGCCUGUUUGACCCUGUACUGUCGGAUGGAGCUGGAGAAGAAGAGUCGACUGCAGGACUGUCACACAGAAUGAAGGGGGCCGGGGGCGUCGGUGGGAAGUGGCAACAGCCGGGGCAGUCAUCUGGCCACCCACCUCCACCUGGAGCUGUGAGAGUCCUUCCUGUGGGAGGUAUAAUGUCGCCUCCUGUUGCUGCUGUGGCUCCUGUAUCACCUGGAGACCAGCAAGCUGUUUUGGCCCAGCAGCAGCAGGCCAUUGUGAACCAGCAGGCCGUCAUCAUGGCGCAGCAGAUGACCAUGCAAGCCAUGGCCAUGGUCAGCAGUCCUGUGUCGAGCCCCCCGACAUCCCCCAUUACUAGCCCUCCAAUGAGUCCCGUACCCCAUCAUUUCCUUGCCAGCCCGUACUCUGUCAUACCUCCAAGUCCAUAUGCAAACAUCCCGCCAAGCCCCUACGCUAACUUCACUCCGACUCCCUACGCAGCAGCCGUGUUUCCCUCCAGCCCUCAUCUUCCUUCUGCUCAGCGGGAUCAGUCUGAAUCACAGCCAAACACUCAGCGCCCUGCUGAUCCCCCGACUGAGCCUCGGGCCCAGCGGCAGCCUCGGCCCGCCUACCGCGACCCUCAUCUCAGCUCCUCCAAAGCUGAGCCAGCACAACCAACAUUUAAACCUGCUGUACAGACUCAGUCAGGCAUAGACGGUGUUUCUGGAAGAAAAGCUCCAGGCGUCCCGGCUAACAAGGAACCGGCCAGGAAAUUUGCCCCAGUGGGGAUGUCUCCUCCACCCCCUGCUGGAGAAGUGGUGAAGUAUUCAUCUCAGACUGCAGAUUACAUCGUCCCCAGCCAAGACAUUCAAGCAAUUAUCAGAAGAUAUAAUUCCCCAUCGCCACCAGCAGAACCACAACCAGCUGGCAAAAGCAGACCAGAUGGGAAGUUCAAGAAGAUGCAGACGCCUCGUGAUGAAGCUUUACAGAUCCUCAAACCCCAGAUGGACAAUCCUCCUGCUCCACAGCCCAAACGUCCUGUUGGCCCAAUACACUCUGCGUCUGCGAUGAAGCAGUCGGGCCUCAAACUCAUGAGAAGCACAAAGACGAGAGCUCCGGAGCGGCAGCUUCCUAAACCUCCUCCAGUAUCUCGAGAGCUCCCAGUGGAGACGAAGACCAUCCAGACACAGCUUCACCAGAGCACCAACCAGGAGCAUUACACCUACACCAAUGUGCCCUGGAGGCUAUAUCUCAGAAAAGAGGUGUUUUAUCCCAAAGACAGCUUCAACAAUCCUUUGUUGCUAGAUCUCAUUUUCAAGCAGAUAGUGAAUGACACCCUGUCAGAGGCGUGUGUUCGCAUCACCCGGGAUGAAAGGCAGAAAAUGAAAGCCCUAUUCGCCAAACAUGGUGUUGAGCAGAAUAUGGAUCCGGUGGAGGAGCAUGUGAAGAAAACGAUCGUGACAGCAGCCAGGGAGACCUGGGAAAUUUACUUCUCCCGACUCUUUCCUGCCUCGGGCAGUGUAGGAACAGGUGUGCAAGUGUUGUCAGUGUCCCACAGCGGUAUCAAAUUACUGAAGACGGUGAAAAGCAGUGCAUCAGCUCCAGACUACUUCAGAGUCCUUCGACCAUACACAUACGCAGACAUCCUGUUUGUGACAAUCCCCUCUGAGAACAUGCUGGAGUUUAAUCUGACCAACGAGAAGCUGAUCCUGUUCUCCGCCAAGGCUUUUCAAGUCAAACAUCUCAUAGACAACUUCAUUAAUGAGAUCAAAAAGGACUCCGACUACGUCAUUGCAGAGCGUAACUUUGUGACAGACGAUCGAUCGAUUCUCAGUUUCCAUAAAGGUGACAUCAUCAGAUUGCAGGUUAUGGACGGGCUACAGAAAGGUUACAGCUAUGGCUGUGUGGUGAGGAAGAAGGUUGUGUUUUUGGAAGAGCUUAAAAGGGACACUGAAGACUUUGGUUGGAAGUUUGGAGCCGUGUUUGGCCGCUCCGGGGCAUUCCCCACAGAAUGUGUCCACCCCGUCGCUCCUCCUGAUUUCCUAUCGCUGCCGCUGGACCGAAAGGCAGAGCCUCGAGGCGGAGCUGACCAGUUCGCCGUGUCGUCAGCCAUUGCUGUUGCUGUGGCCUCCACCAUGGCUGCGCAUGAAAUAGAUCAAACGAUUGAGAGAGUUUCACUUGAUGGCUUCCCUGAUGGAGAGCCUGAUGAGAGAGCUCUGCAGGACAGUAAAUAUGAUAUGAUAGAGUUUGCCAAGAAGUACUUCAGGCAGACACCGAGUGGACACGGAGAUUCCAUGAAGAGUAAAGGCAAAAGGAGCGAUUUCAGGGAGCCUUCUGACAUGAUCAAGUUCUCCAAGAACCCUCUGACUGAGUCUCUGAUAGAGUUCACAGAUGUAGCUAUGAACCGAGUAGCAGCUGAUCUGUACCUGUGCAUUAUGCGUUUCAUGGGGGAUUCUCCAUCCAGGGGUUCAUCAGAACAGGAAGUGGUCAACAUGUUCCUUAAGCUCAUUGGAGAAUUCACCUUGAUGAGGGAUGAAGCUUACUGCCAGCUCCUCAAACAACUUACUGCCAACACCAGCUCCAAACCCGAUAGUUGCCAACGAGGCUGGAGGCUGCUGUACAUCCUGGCUGCCUACCAUCGCUGCUCUGAAGUCCUCAAGCCUUUCCUAUUAAAGUACCUGCAGCAGGCUUCUCGCAGUGCAGGAGCACCGUAUCAAGGCAUAGCUAAAGCAUGUGAACAAAAUCUGAAGAAGACGUUUGUGUACGGCGGUCGGAUUGUUCCACCCAACGGCAUGGAGCUGAAGGCUAUGAUGGCGGGACGCAGUUCAAAACGUCAGCUGUUUCUCUUCCCUGGAGGCAUCGAACGCCAUGUGAAAAUCAAAACUUGCACUGUUGCCCUGGAGGUGAUAGAAGAGUUGUGCUAUGAAAUGGGAUUACACGCGCCAGAAGCCAUCGAAGAAUAUGCCAUAUUUUUAGUCACCAACAGAGGUCAGAACGUUCGACCUCUGAACAAGAACGAGUACAUCCUGGAUGUUGCCACAGAGGCAGAGUCAGUCGACUCAGGCUACAGUCUGUGGUUCCGGCGAGUUGUCUGGACUCAGUCGCUCAGGUUCGAGAAUGAGCUGAGUGUGGCCAUGCAGUAUAACCAGAUCCUUCCAGACUACCGGAAAGGCCUGCUAAAUGUUCUCUCACAUGGAAAAGUGAGCGAUCAACAGUUCCACCAAAUGUCAAAGCUGGCUGCUUUGCAGCAUAGAGCCAAAGACAACAUCUAUACUCCCAGCAUACACGAGCUAUCGGAGUACAUUGCUGCACCUCUCUUCAAAAAGCAGCCCCCACAGCAGUGGGUUACCAUGGCAACGCAGCACAUGCAGCAAGUGCAGCCUCUGAGUCCGCAUCAGGCUAGGGCACAGUUUCUCGGCCUGAUCAGUGCGUUCCCCAUGUUUGGUUCCUCAUUCUUCUACAUCCACAGCAGCAGCUCCACCACCUUCUAUGCUCCUUGCAUUCUAGCUGUUAACCCACGUGGUCUCCACUUUUUGCACAAAAACACACAUGAGCUGAUGGCAGCCAUCCCCCUUGUGGAGGUGCAGGGCAGUCGCACCCAGAGGCCCAGCGCUGGAACCAGCUAUCCGUAUGUGGACCUAACUGUGGGGGACAUGAACACACAGCGGGUUAUUCAGCUGCAGCUAGAGCAGGGUCUGGAGCUGUGUCGAGUUAUUGCCAUGCAGGUUGAAAAUAUGAUGUCUGUGAGAGAAAAGAGGCUCACUCUGCCACCCAGCGAAAUCACCAUGUUGUGAUGUGUGCACAUGUUUCAUAUUAUGCACAAAUGUUUCUGCACAUGUACAUGUAGCUACCUCCGCUCUCCUUCAGGGGUUUGAUGUGUUGUGCUCACAGUUUUUUGUGGAUUAUUUUUCUGAGGUUACAGAAAAACACAGCUGAGUGAUAGAUUUGGAUCCUCCAUCUUAUUCUUGAGAAUUUAUAGAUUCACUCACUGUUGUAUUUUCAACAGAUAUAUUUGGCAUCUUUAAAUGUUUUAUAGUUAAUCAGUUUUGUGUAUUUAUGAUAUUUGUAUGAUUGGAAAUGAUUUGUAAAUAGAAGAGUUGAUAUAUUUUGUAAAACAAAUAUUUUUCAAAAAAAAAAUAAAAGCAUGAAUAGAC